CAGCCACCACGAACAGCAAAGGUCAAUAUCCAACACAGCCUACCUACCCUGUGCAACCUCCUGGGAAUCCAGUAUACCCUCAGACCUUACACCUUCCUCAGGCUCCACCCUACACAGACGCUCCGCCGGCGUACUCAGAGCUCUAUCGUCCAAGCUUUGUUCAUCCAGAGGCUGCCACAGUCCCCACCAUGUCAGCUGCGUUUCCUGGCGCCUCUCUGUAUCUGCCCAUGGCCCAGUCUGUGGCUGUUGGGCCUUUAGGCUCCACUAUUCACAUGGCUUACUAUCCAGUCGGUCCCAUCUAUCCACCUGGCUCAGUAGUGCUGGUAGAAGGAGGGUAUGAUGCAGGUGCCAGAUUUGGCACUGGCGCUACCGCUGGCAACAUUCCUCCUUCACCCCCUGGAUGCCCUCCCAACGCUGCUCAGCUUGCAGUCAUGCAUGGAGCCAACGUCCUUGUGACUUAGCGCAAGGGAAACUUCUUCAUGGGUGGCUCAGAUGGUGGCUACACCAUCUGGUGAAGAACCGUGGCCACGCCUGUGCCGGGAAAGACAUCACGUACCUUCAGCACUUCUCACAAUGUAACUGCUUUAGUCAUAUUAACCUCAAGUUGCAGUUUAGACACAUGUUUUUGGGGGUGUCUUUCUGGUGUCCAAACUUUGAGGCACUUUUCAAAUUUAAUAAGGAACCAUGUAAG